UGUUUUCCUCGUCUUGUUUUUUUCUCUCUUCGCGUCUUAGACAAGUACCUAAAACGCAGUAAUGCAGACGCUAUAAUCUCCGACGGCCGGCGCUUUAAUUAGUGGAUCUCGGUGCCUGAGUACCUAGAAUUCCGUGACCCGGCUAUUCCUACAACCCCUAUUUUCUUUUCUGGAAUCCAUUGGAUCCAUCCAACUCCAAAUCUUUCCAAUCCUUCACGAUGCUUCAAUUGCUUUCUCUCCUUUUUACUACCAUUCGUUUUUGAAAAAAGAAAGAAAUAAGGCUUCGGCCCACAUGCCGUCGUCUACAUGUCCCCUGCGGCUCUCCUUCGCAAUGCUUUGCGAGUCCUCAUCCCGCUCGCCCUAGCAUCGACUUUUUACCUAUAUCUUUAUCCCGUCUUUCUCGGCUGCGCGUUCCCACUACCACAGACCACCGAACACAACUCCAACUCCGCUGCUGCCGCGUUCCAGGAUACGUUAAAACAACAUGUUAUUUCUUCUAAUAAAGCGGCCUCGUUCCGACUUCUCGCGUUAGGCGAUCCGCAGCUCGAAGGCGACACGUCGAUUCGAAAUUACAAUCGCGAGUCUUUCCCGCACUUGACUUGGGCUAUCCGCCAUCUUACGUAUAAGACGGAUCACCCGUCGCUGUGGAGACGUAUGCGACAGGUUGUGCAUGAUCUUGUGGAUGUCUUUUUCGACGAUAUACCUGAUACCCUCGAAUCCACUCGCAAGCGCAUAGAUUUGUUUGGAAACGAUUUUUACCUUGCCCAUAUUUACCGAACCCUUCGAUGGUGGGCUAAACCUACGCAUGUUACCGUACUUGGAGAUUUGUUGGGAAGUCAAUGGAUUAGGGCGAAUGAGUUUGAGAGGAGGAGUACUAGGUUUUGGACGCGUUCGUUUAAGGGAGGGGAGCGUGUUCCUGAUGAUGUUGCUUUAUACCCUGCUGAGGAAUACGAGUUAGCGGGAUUUCUAGGUGUUGAAGAUGCGAAUGCUACGGCAUGGAGGCGGAGGGUUAUAAAUGUGGCGGGGAACCAUGAUAUUGGGUAUGCUGGCGACCUAACAGUUGAGCGACUAGAACGAUUCGAACGUGUGUUUGGUAAAGCUGCCUACGAGUUGCGAUUCGAACUACCUGUUACCAACCCGCUUGCCAACGUAACUAUCUACGAUCCCGAAAAGAACCCUGGAUCCAACCGCCUCGUCCCCGAACUUCGCAUUGUUAAUGUGAAUAAUAUGAAUCUCGACACUCCGGCCGCAGACCAGAGUCUUCAGGAUAAGACAUACGCUUUUGUCAACGAUGUGAUUAAUACCGCCUCGGCCGUCGAAUACGCAGGGCAUUUUACGGUUGUCUUGACGCACAUACCACUAUACAAACCCGAGGGUAUUUGUGUCGAUGCGCCGUAUUUUACGUUCCAUGCUGGGGGUGGGGUUAAAGAGCAGAAUCAACUGUCAGCCGACGCUUCCCGCGGGUUUUUGGAGGGUAUCUUUGGAUUGAACGGCGAUCCCAAUGCACCUGGUCAAGGUAGAGGUCGAAGAGGCGUCGUGUUGAAUGGCCAUGACCACGAAGGCUGUGAUACAUACCACUACAUCAACCAGACAGAAGGCGACGAACGUCAAUGGAGAGUGACCCGAUGGCCCACCGCCCAAGCGGAAAACCUACCUGGAAAAUCUGGGGUUCCUGGUCUGAGGGAGAUUACUGUUCGAAGCAUGAUGGGGCAAUAUGGCGGUAACGCCGGCUUACUAAGUGUCUGGUUCGACGAAAAGGACUGGGAGUGGAAAUUCGAAUUUGCCAAUUGUGCUCUGGGCCGCCAAUACUUUUGGUGGUUUGUGCAUGUAUUGGAUCUCAUUGUUCUUGUUGGGGUUUUACUUUACGGUAUCUUGAAGGCUGCGGGUCUUGACGUUGAAAAGCGACCAGUCUCGAAACAGGAGAACGGUACUACGAAAAAGCCGGUGGGUGUUGGCAAUGGCGAUGCCAAGAAGGAAUGAGUACCUACCCGGUAUAGGAUGGCAGGGGAUAUAUAGGAGGAAUGUAACGAGUAAUGAAUAUACUUGUACCAAUAUGAAUAUAGAACAGCACAUAAUAGAAUAUUAAUUUAUUAAUGGAGGAUGGCUGGUGGGUAUCCUUGAGAUGCCCCACGAAAGAAAAUCAGAGGAACACGAGAAAGACGACAAGAAAGAAAAAGAACCUGCAUGUUUUCAAGAAUUCA